AUGGAGAACAUUUCUUAUGUGUAUUGUGGUGAGGGUCAUAUUUUUGACAACUGUCCUUCCAAUCCAGCAGCUGUGUGUUACAUGGGGAACCAAAAUAGGAAUAGCCCUUAUUCUAAUUCCUACAACCCAUCAUGGAGGCAACAUUCCAACUUUUCGUGGAGUAAUCAAGGGACUGGCCCUGGCAACUCUUCUAUGCCUCCAAGACCAAAUUUCCCACCGGGUUAUCCCCCACAAGCACCACAACAAAGGCCACAACAACAAGCAAUGCAAUCUAGCUCUCCUGAGAACAUGUUGAAGGAGUAUAUAGUGAAGAACGAAGCCAUGAUCCAAAGCCAAGCUGCAUCAUUGAGAAACUUAGAAACCCAAGUUGGCCAGCUAGCUAAUGAGCUUAGAAAUAGACCCCAUGGUACAUUACCAAGUGACACCAAGAAUCCAAGAAAUGGGAGCAAAGAACAUUGUAAAGCCGUCACUUUGAGAAGUGGGAAGGGGUUGGAGAAUUCCAAGGCCAACUCUGGGCAUGAGGGUGAGCCCUCUUCGAUCCAAAUAAAUGAGGAAAUUCAAAAAGACACUGAAAUUCCUAGUGUAGAAAAAUCUGCCUCUACCCAGAAUGCUGCAGGAAUACCACAGCAUCAGCUCCCAGACAGCUCGAUCCUUGAGAAAAUGCUCAACUAUGUGAAGUUCAUGAAAGACAUCCUUACAAAGAAGAGAAGAUUGGGGGAAUUUGAGACAGUGGCUCUUACCAAGGAGUGUAGCUCAUUCUUGCAAAACAAGCUGCCACCGAAGAUGAAAGAUCCUGGGAGUUUCACCAUUCCCUGCACCAUUGGUAACUCUUAUUGUGGCAUGGCUUUAUGCGAUUUGGGUGCAAGCAUUAACUUGAUGCCAAUGUCUAUUUUCAAGCAAUUGGGGAUUGGAGAAGUUAGGCCUACUACAUUUACUCUUCAAUUAGCAGAUAGAUCUCUUGCUCAUCCGGAUAGGGAGAUUGAAGAUGUAUUGGUAAGGGUAGACAAAUUCAUAUUCCCUGAUGAUUAUAUUGUGUUAGACUAUGAGGCAGACAGAGAGGUGCCCAUUAUCUUAGGGAGGCCAUUUCUUGUGAUAGGAAGAACUUUAAUAGAUGUGCAAAAGGGGGAGCUGACUAUGAGGGUCCAAGAUGAAAAGGUGACUUUUAAUGUUUUUAAAGCUAUGAGAUUUCCUGAUGAGGUGGAGGAAUGCUCAGUGGUUUCAGUGGUAGAUUCUUUGGCAUCAAGGGAAUUUGAGACCAGUAAUGUUGGUGAUCCAUUAGAGAGGGAGUUCAAAGCUCCUAAACCAUCCAUUGAAGAGCCACCUGAGUUGGAGCUGAAAGUUUUGCCAUCGCAUUUGCGAUAUGCCUACUUGGGUCCAUCAUCCACUUUACCUGUGAUUAUUUCAGCGGAGUUGAGCCAUGAUCAAGAAGAAAAGUUGCUCGAAAUUCUGUUAGAAAACAAUGGAAAAGGGUCUAUUGAAGGGCAAAGAAGGCUAAAUCCUAUCAUGAAGGAAGUAGUGAAGAAAGAAAUCAUCAAGUGGCUUGAUGCUAGCAUUAUUUAUCCUAUCUCUGACAGUUCAUGGGUGAGUCUUGUGCAGUGUGUACCUAAGAAAGGUGGGAUCACAGUGGUGAAGAAUGAAGACAAUGAGUUGAUUCCUACUAGAACAAUGAUUGGAUGGAGAAUUUGCAUGGACUACCGGAAGUUAAACAAGGCCACUAGGAAGGAUCAUUUCCCUCUUCCUUUCAUUGAUCAGAUGCUAGAUAGACUUGCUGGGAGAGAGUACUAUUGCUUCCUUGAUGGGUACUCUGGUUACAAUCAGAUAGCAGUGGCCCCAAAAGAUUAG